AAAAAUUAUAAUGAAAAAAUAUACAAGUAACUAAUAACUGAGAAGAUCAAAUGGACCUUUAGGAAGGUAUAGACUGUUUAAACAUACAGAAAUAGAUAGAGCUAAUUUAUUUGAAGGAUUACCUUAUGUUUAAUUUGAUGCUUUUAUAAGAAGAGGUAAGAAUUAUAUAAAUUUAUUUAGAUAGAACUAUGUAACAUGUUGUGGUGAGAGAUUUGCUAAAAAUAAUAAUGGAGAAAUGCAAUUAAUUAAAGAAUUUAUUACUUGAUAAGUUUAGACUUAAAAAGAUCUUUUUAUUAAUGGAUUUAAUGGAAUAGCCUAAAAAAAAGGGAAUGUUUAAUUAAAGAUUGGAAGAUACUAUAGUAUUAAUUGAUUAGAUUGGUUCUAUUAUAUUGUAGGAAUUCAAAAAGAAUCCAGAAUAAAUAGGGUUGAAAUAAUCCCCUAUUAAAAAUUUAUAAGAGUAGAAUCCAGAGUAUAUAGAUCCUCAUUUAGAAGAAAAAAUAUAUGAUAAGAAUGUAGACUUGUUUAAUGAAAUGCUUUAAUAUUUGAGGGAUCGAAUUGAAUUAUAUAUGUUAAUGAUGAGGUAGGCUGGUCAUAAGAUUUUAGAUGAUUAAUAAUGUAUGAGUUUUUUGAAAGAUGUCACUGCUUUACGUUAUAAUUUAUUACAGCUAAGUGAAGAUAUUAGAGUAUUAGAUGCUAAUUCUGAAGAGAGUUUAAAGUUGAUUAAAUUAACUCUUUAAAAAUUUGAAACAGUCAAAGAUAAAAGAAUUGAAAAAUUAUCUCCAGAAAAGAAAAGUGAAGAAUAAAAGAUUGAAGAUAAAAAAUUAGAAGAGAAAAGAAAGAAAAUCGAAUAUAUUGAGAAAAAUUUAAUAGGCAAGACAUUAUCAAAUAUGGAUGAUUAGGCUGAAUCGGAAGUUUAAGUAAGUAUUUAAUAAUUUAUAAAGAGAAAAAAAGAGCAUAAAGAUUAAAUGAAUUGUUGUAAUAGAAAUUCAAUUUUAAUAAAAGUUCUGUUGUUACUAGAGAAUCUAAAUUGAUAUUAAAUUAAGAGUAUUAAAUUGUUUUACAUUAUUAGCAAGUUAGAAUAAGAGAAAGUAUUACUAUUAGAAAGCAGUUAAAAAGCUUCAAAAAUAAAACAUAAUUUAGUUGAUAAUAGAAAGAGAUUAGCAUUAGAAAAAUUAAAAGAUCCUACAAAAGAUCCAUAAUUACGAGGAGCAUUAGAAAUUAUGACAAGAGUUCUUAAUAUAAAUAUAUAAGAUUAAUUUUAAGAAUGA